AUGACCCGAUCAUAUAUCAAAACAGAUACCAAAGUUGAUAGUUGUAAAACAAGUCAUCGCCAAGAUCCGUUCAAUUUUUCAUCAGAAAAUUCAUCAUCGGCCUUUAAUUUGCAAUCAUUUGAUGAUAAAAAGAAGGUGAAUAGAAAGAAGGAGCAAAAUUCGUAUAGAAACUCUAUGAAAAAUACAAUGCAAUCGUUUGAGAGAAUUGAAGAGAUUGUUGCUCAGGGAGUUGAUCAAUGCAUGUCAAAGAAAAAGUCAUCAAAAGGUUUGGCACCACAUCAUCACAGAAAAGCUGUGGAUGAUGAUUUGGGCAAUAUGUAUCAUCACGUUGUGACAGAUAGUAUUAGACAGAAGGAACCAAUCAUGACACACAACUUACAUUUAAAGAGACAAUUGAAGGAAAAUGUAGAUAACGAAUUGGAACAAUUAAAGCAAGCUUUGGAAGAAAAGCAAGAUCAGGAAUUCUUAGAUAAAUAUUUGGAUAAAAGAUCAAAGAAGGCUGUUAACAAGUUGAGGAAGAAAAUGGAGAGAGAAGGAGAGGAUUUCAAGAAGAAUAUUGUCGAGCGUGAGGAAUACUUAUUUAGGAAGGAAAAUUAUAUUACAGCCGAGAAAAGAAUUGAAGACACAUUUAACAAAUUGAAAGUGAGCUACAUUAACAGUCUGACCACUGAGGAAAAGGUUGCACUCAAAGAAUUGGAAAAGUACAAACAAACCGAAAGUCCUCUUGUUUUCAAACAUUACAGAAAGACUAAAUCCAAGUAA